AUGUCUGACUUUUCGAACGUAGAUUAUCAACGACUUGAGGAUUCACUCUGCAAUACCUCGGGUAACGUCCCACUCGCUGAACGUUUUAGAACGUUGUUUACCUUAAAAAAUAUAGCUACUGAUCAGGCUAUCGAUAUCAUUGCAAAGGCCCUAAAUGAUGAGUCGGAAUUGUUGAAACAUGAGUUAGCCUACUGUCUCGGACAAAUUGGUAAUCCUCGAGCAAAUACCGUUCUUUCAAAAGUUCUCGAGAAUUUAGAGGAGCCUGAGAUGGUUCGCCACGAAGCUGCUGAAGCGUUGGGUGCUAUAGGAUCCCUUGAAUCCAUUCCCGUCCUCAAAAAACAUUUGAGCGAUCAGAGUCGAUCAGUUGUAGAAACCUGUGAAUUAGCUAUUGAUAAAAUUGAUUACGAUAACGAUCCUAAGAACAAGGCUGAAAAAGAUGCCAACAACAGCAUAUACAAUUCUGUGGACCCUGCACCGCCCACCACGGAAACGAAAUCAGUUAAGGAACUUGAAGCCAUUUUGGUCAACCCUGAAUAUAAAUUGUUCAAACGUUACAGAGCUAUGUUCGCGUUGCGUGAGAUUGGUACAACUGAAGCUGUUCUCGCUUUGGCUAAGGGUCUAAAGGAUCAAAGUGGACUAUUUAGACAUGAAGUCGCUUAUGUAUUUGGUCAGUUGCAGCAUCCAGCCUCUGUACCCGCUUUAACCGAAUGUCUUCAAGACAAGAAUGAAAUGGAUAUGGUUCGACAUGAAGCUGCUGAAGCAUUGGGUUCUAUUGCUACACCUGAAGUGCUUGAAACAUUACAAAGCUUCAAACAAGAUCAUGAACGUGUCGUUCGUGAAAGUUGUGCUGUUGCUUUAGACAUGUACGAAUAUGAAAAUAGUGGUGAGUUACAAUAUGCGAAUGGUCUCGAAAAUCAGCCUCAAAACAUGCAUUCCCUCAAACUAGGUCAGAGUUAG